AUGACGAAAGAAGUAGCGCUUCCAGAAGCCCAUGUUCGAGUGCGACGCGGGCCGGGGCGCGUGGAAAGUGUGCGCGUUGGUGCUGCGCAGCUAAUACUCAACUGGUUCACACUUGAAACGGAGCCACAAAACAAAAGGCUCUCACGUUUAGGUCGACUAGCCGGUGGCCUCCAUAUGGAUUCAGCUUUUAGAAGAGCUCUCAAUGAGCCUAUGUGCUUGGAAGAAACUGUCAUCCAACAAGGAAUUGAAAGAUGCCCAUUCCUGAGGAACAUCAAUGAGCCUACAAGUUUUUCCUUCUCAUCUGUCAACUUCCCUGUUCUGGCAAGAGGAGCCAAGGGACCAAUUUUCGAAGAUGGACCUAAUUUUGACAUGGCAUUUCGAGUUUUCCAUGGUAGAGAUGGCGUUGUCCCACUUUCAGAAGGAUCAUUAGCCCAGAUUGAGAAGCCACUGCCAAAGCCCAAUCCUGAGUUCAACCCAUUGGCAGCCAAAGCAGCAACCAUCAGUCUUUCUGCAUUUGGAGGGUUUUUCAGCUUUGGUGACUUCUCAAAUAAGCACAAUAAGAAAAACUCCAACAAAAAGAACCCCAACAACCUCCCCCAGAAUCAGAAUAAAGGCCAGUCUAACAAUCAUGAAGCACUGAGUAACGAGUGGUUGGAAACGGGCCAAUGUCCACUUGCAAAGUCUUAUAGAGCAUUAAGCGGUGUUGUGCCACUUGUAGCAAAGAUGAUGACACCCCCAGCUGGUAUGAAACUGAAGUGCCCACCUGCAGUGGUUGCUGCCCGCGCAGCACUAUCCCGCACAGCCUUUGCAAAGGGCCUUCGUCCUCAGCCCCUGCCAACCAAAAUACUGGUGAUUGCAUUGCUUGGUAUGGCAGCAAAUGUUCCUCUCGGCAUCUGGAGGGAGCACACAAAGAAGUUUUCAGUGCAGUGGUUUGCUGCAGUGCAUGCAGCAGUGCCUUUCAUAGGGAUGCUCAGGAAAUCUGUGCUGAUGCCGAAGACAGCCAUGGCCCUUACUAUAGCCGCCUCAAUAUUGGGUCAGACAAUCGGGUCAAGAGCUGAACGUAUCAGAUUGAAGAGGGCCGCAGCAGCAAAGUUAGCAAGAGAGAGCCAUGGUGAUGCUGCUGACUACAUCAAAGCACCAAUGAGUCUGAAAAGCGGGAACCACAGUGUUCAGUUUUGGGAUCCGCUUUCCCUCAGAGUUGAAAGCACCAUGGGUGCAGGUGCCCCAGCAGUUCUUGUCCCUGCCGUUUCUGCUUUCAAUUGA